GGAGUCUUGGCUGUGAACAUCCUGUGUCGUGUUCGAUUGUCUUUCUCACAAGUUACCUUCUUGGAAAAUAUUCGAAAGAAUCCGCAGUUUCGAGACGAUAAAAGGACUCAAACUGAAUGCCUAAAACUUCGCGCUUCUUACUUCUUCUUCACCAAGCGGGUAGUUUCUCAUCGCGACUUCGGAGCACACGAUGUCUACCAAACCUGCCUUGGCUUACAAUGAUGCAGAGAAAGGGACACUAGAUCUCCACUCUCCUCAGCUUGCCAAUCUCGCAAAGGACGAGAAGAAGGCAGCAGACAUCGAGGUGUUCGCCGUGCAGUCUCUCAAGAAAGAUGCACCGGUUACUCCCUCAAACGUCGCGAAGCCGCCGCCAGCCCCUGCCAAACCAGCAAAGAAGAGUACACCCCUGUGGGUCCUCUGGAUAAUCUGGUACAACAGUUAUAGGCGGUUUUUUACUGUGGUGUUCACAGUCAAUUUCAUUGGACUUGGCUUUGCCAUUGCUGGAAAAUGGCCAUACGCAGCAAAAUAUCCCGGUGCUUUGGUCGUUGGCAAUUUGAACGUCGCAGUUCUUGUGCGUAACGAGAUAUUUGGGCGAUGCUUGUAUUUGUUCGUCAACACCUUCUUCGCCAAGUGGACUCCUCUAUACUUCCGCCUUGGGUGUACCUCAACUUUACAGCAUCUUGGUGGUAUCCACAGCGGAUGUGCAAUCUCCGGCGUAGCUUGGAUAGUCCUCAUGGUUGUGCAUCAAUUCAAACAGAAGUAUCUGUUCAACGAUUCUAUUCUUGCUUUCGGUGUGAUCACCACAAUUGUGUUGUUCAUUACAAUUUGUGCUGGUCUUCCGUGGGUCCGAAACACACAUCACAAGUCAGUAUUCUUUUCGGUCAUUCAUCACAGCGUUUUUACAUCACCAUCUAGUGUGUUUGAGCGUAAUCACCGUUUCUUCGGAUGGACUUCCUUGUGCAUGACCUGGGUUUACACUAUUGUGACCAAUGCCUAUGACACUGCGGAUGGAAAAUUCGACCACAUCGGGAGAUACGUCGUUCAACAGCAAGCCUUCUGGUAUACAAUUGGAAUGUCCACCUUCAUUGUUCUACCUUGGAUUUGCACGAGACACGCCAAGGUCGACAUCGAACUACCCUCUCCCAAAGUCGCUGUUCUCCGCUUCGAGCGUGGUAUGCAACAGGGUCUGCUUGCUCGUAUUAGUCGCUCAGCUGUCAAGGAAUAUCACGCUUUCGGUAUCAUCUCCGAGGGUACUCAUGCAAAGUAUCACUACCUGAUUUGCGGUGUGCAAGGCGAUUUCACCAAGAGCCUGGUCAACGACCCGCCGAGAAGGAUCUGGACUCGUGAGCUGAAGGUCGCUGGUGUCUCUAACACGUCUACCCUUUACAAGCGUGGAAUCCGUAUCUGCACUGGUACUGGUCUUGGUGCUGCCCUUUCUACUUGCAUUCAGUCUCCUUACUGGUAUCUGAUUUGGAUCGGCUCUGAUCAAGAAAAGACUUUCGGCCCAACCAUUAGUGGUCUCAUUCACAGACACGUUGGUCCAGAGCGUCUCCUUCUUUGGGACUCCAAGCUCCGCGGUGGUCGUCCACCCACCAUGAAGAUAUUGAAGGAGGUAUACGAAUACUGGCAGGCAGAGGUUGUCUUCAUCACCUCCAACUACGUGGGUAACUUUGAGAUCCAGCAUGGCUGCAAGGAAGCUGGGAUUCCUGCAUUCGGAACUCUUUGGGACUUUUAAAUUUUCCAACUCGCAUUGGGCGUGGGAUGUGUCGGACGCCAGACCACCCACACCCUAUUUCUCAUCCUUGUGUAUCCAACACACUGCUCAUUCUGCGCCUCCGGGAAAUCUCACAAACACGUAUUUUCGGGAACCAAGUUAGCCGGCGUAUCAAGGUUCUUUUUUCUCUCUAGCUGUGACCGCGAGUGGUACUUGCUGGCGCAGACGGCUUGGUCAAACAGAAAUAGCACUAUUAGUUCGCUCGCAGGUGAAUGAACGCUUUUAAUAUUUAUUUAGAAAUAGAUGUGUUUCAAACUUUACAUCACUACUCUCGUUGUGCUAGAAAUC